AUGACGCUCCUGCGCGAUGUAUCUCGCACGGUGCCGUCGUGCGAUGUGCAGAGUCUGGCAAGCCACAUAGCAGCAGGCGCGCACUUCCCCGACGUCUUCCGCGCUAUCCGCGCCCAGCAUCGCCGCUUCGCGCUUGACGACAGCGCCCCCGGGAGGCCGCGUUACGGACGCCGGAUCAACAGCUACGACGAGCUGGCCACCGAGAUCGACCGCAUCGAGAGCGCGGCGCGUGUCGCGCGCCAGAUUCGAAAGGGGCAGUUCCAUUGCCACAACGAGAUGGGACCUCACAACCGUGAAGUGCGCGCAUGCCCUUGCGCCAAAGACUUCUACUGCUCCGGAAGCUGCCAGCGCAUGAACCGACACUUGCACCGCGGGAGCUGCGACCCCGAAAACAUAUGGGGCAUGGACGGCCGUUUGAGCGUGAAAGACGCCAUGCACAUCUACGGCAUCGCCUCUCUCUUUAUGCAAGACCAUCGAGAUGCCAUCUCGAGCGCUCUGAGGACUCUUGAUAAGCAAAUGGGACGCGUCGGCCUUGCGACGCUGACGCUGAACCUUGCGUAUGAUGGCAGUCGGGCGUAUGAGUUCGAAAUACGGCAUGUCAGCCCGUUGUUACUCUCCGGCCGGGUCGUUCAAAUGUGGGUCAAGAUGCACCUGGGUGGAAGGAUACAGAUUUGGGACCUACCGUGGUCUAUGGCUUUACCGCCUAUCUAG